UAGACCAAGUUUAUCUUGUUCUUGUGUUCAUCUUUUAUUAUGACUACAAGAAACUCUCUUCCUUCACCAUAAAAAAAAAGGGGGAGAAUUUUCUGGGUUUUGUCUUUCUAAAGUCACAACAAAACUCAUCUUUUCUUCUGUUUCAUUUUUUUUUUGAAAAAAUAUAUUAAAUAUUUUUGUAAAAACAAAUUAAAAUAGUACUAUAUAUAUUUUGCUCUUUCUUUUAAAUAUUAGCUAGCUAGCACCAAGAGAAGAAGUUAAGUGAGAAAGGAACAAAGAGUUUUUGGCAAGAAAGAGAGACAAAGACAAAAACAAUAAAUAUUAUUAAAACAAAAAAAAAAACUCUCUUUUGUAUUUUAUCUUUUUCUUGGCUCCAAAAAUGUCAAUUAUCACAGGUAGUGGAGAUCAUGGUGGUAGAAGCUUGUCUUCAGGGAAUUUUGGAAGAGAAUCAUCAGGAGUAGUUGGAGGAGGAGUUGAAAAAGAAGAAGUUCUGGAAAACUUGAAUAAUAAUAACAAUGGUUCAAACUCUUUUUCUUCAACCACAACCAGCAAUGGCUCUUCUACUCAUCAAGUACUUGAACAACCUUCACAACAAGCUAAGAAGAAAAGAAACCCUCCAGGAAACCCAGAUCCAAGUGCGGAGGUAAUAGCCCUGUCACCAAACACUCUACUAGCGAGAAACCGAUUUGUGUGUGAAAUUUGCAGCAAAGGGUUUCAGAGAGACCAGAAUCUGCAGCUUCACCGGCGAGGUCACAACCUGCCAUGGAAGCUCCGGCAGAGAAGUCCGAACGAGGUGGUCCGAAAACGGGUCUACAUCUGCCCCGAAACGUCGUGCGUUCACCACAACCCGACCCGGGCUCUCGGGGACUUGACUGGGAUCAAGAAACACUUCUGUAGAAAACAUGGCGAGAAGAAAUGGAAGUGUGAGAAAUGCUCUAAGAAAUAUGCUGUUCAGUCUGAUUGGAAGGCCCAUUCUAAGACUUGUGGUACCAGAGAGUACAAAUGCGAGUGUGGAACUAUCUUCUCCAGGAGAGAUAGCUUUAUAACUCAUAGAGCUUUCUGCGACGCCAUAGCUGAAGAAAACAAUAAAACUACAUCUCUUCAACGACAGAAUAUAUCUUCUUCCACCCAGCCGGAGCUCGUGUCUUCAAUAAUAUCUACCAUCAACGACGAAAACGACAAUAAGUACGCCAAUUUACAAGCAGAGACGACAUCAUCAGAUCAAUUCAAGCACAUGAUGAUGAAUAUGAAAAACCCAUUAAUCCUAGACCAUCAUCAUCAUCAAUCCUUGAACAACAGUGCCAUGGCUCCAGGAGGAAGCUUCUUCUCCAGAUCAAGCCUGAACAAUAUGAUCAUCAACAAUGGUAGUACUACAACUACCAACAUUUCAUCAUCAGCUCCAUUGUCGUUUGAUCAUCAUCAUUCACAAAAUAACGACCACCAUUUCGGCGGCGGCGGCGAGUUUUACUUAUCGGCCACUGCCUUGUUGCAGAAGGCAGCUCAAAUGGGAGCAACCACUGUAAGCUCCGCUAGCUCAGCCAUGGCUCCGUCGACCUAUGCUAGUUUGGAUCAUCAAUUAUUCGCCAAGAAAGAUCAUCCAUUACUCCAAGAAUAUCAAAUGAAUAGUACUAGUACUACUGCUACCACUACCACUGCUACUCCACCGCCGCAGUUUUUCAACGUCAAUGGAAACCAUCACAAUAAUGAUAUUGAUAAUAAUAAUAAUAACAAGAAUGUAGGGCUUUUUAGUGGACUGCUUUUUGAUCAUCAGAACCAUGCAGCAGGUGGUGGUGGUGGCGAUAGUACAUUUAUGAAAGAGAUGGAGCUAAGUAUGAACAACGACAAUGCCAGUAACGUCGUUUUGCAUGGCGGGAAUUCUAGUAGUAGUUUGACUACUACCGGUGGUGGAGAUGUGAUGACUGUUGACUUUUUGGGGAUUGGAUCAAGACCAAUUAGCAGGCAAGGAAACUUUCACCAUGAUCAACAGAAGAAACAAGUUGUAGAUGUAGUCAAUAAUCUGAGGUUUGGAGGAGGCAUUAAUGGCAGCCACCAUCCCAGUAUGCAGACUACUCUGACUCAGUUUCAGCAACAUGCAGCGUUAAUGGAAAAGCAUGCUUGGGAAGUUUAAGAGAGAGAGAGAGACAGUGAUCAUCAUGAUAUUCGAAUAAUAUGUUGCUUUUCGAUUUUUGUAUCAAUAUUAAUUAUUAUAGUUUCAGUUGGUCCUUUUCA